UCUUAGUAGUGCCACCUAUGUUAAUAAAGGCAUUUCCUGGAUGAUUGGAGCACCUCCUGCGCUGGUGGUUCCCGGGCCUGCACGCUCCACCAGCACCGCGGUGUAUGUAUGUCAGCAUGGUGCCUGCUGCGGAGCGUCGGCAGCUAAAUGGUGAAGCGGGCACCAGGCAGCUCCCUGCUUCAUCAUUCCUAAGGACACAGAGACAGUUCAUAGCGGGACAUACCUCGUACCUCCCGGGACCACGGGACAGCCACCGGAAUCCAGGACUGUCCCGCAGGUGUGGGAUGAUUGGGAGGUGUUUGGAUACCCUCCAUGUGCAUUCUGCAUUUUUCUCCCUCCCAUCAAUACAAAUGACUAUUGUCGUCAGCAAUAUGGACGGAAUGGCUACACGGAUCCACAAUGGCGCAUCGCCCCAUAGAAAUGAAUAGGUCAGUGUGCCAUCCGAAAAAAUGCUGAUGAGAAAUAGAGUCCUUUGUGUGAGACCUUCUUAGGGUUUUCCAGUCACAAAAAUAAAGGUGUGUGGGAGCAAUAUGCCAAAACGUUCAAGUAUACGCGCCAAACCAAGUAGAAGAGGGACUUUUAUGUAAAUUUUCCCCAAAAGCGGCGCCAUUUUGAGGGUGUUCGUUCUUUAUUGUGAAUUUUAUUUUUAAGUUUUAGUUUUGCUGCUAAAUUAUCACAAACCCUAGAGUCACAGGAUGCUGACCUGCAGUACCCCCUUAGGCCCCUGGGUGUCGCUGUAGCCUUACUGUGACACCAGGGUAGGGGAGGCAACAGCUAUAAGUGCGACAGCGGCACCCACAGGUCGUAUGGAGGUACUGCACAUGACGUAACCCGCAGAACUGGAAUGUGGCGUCUGGCCUCACGUGAUGCAUGUGACGGUCAAGAUGGCGGCCGGAUGCUGUCUCCAUGGUGACGAGCGGAAGUCAAGCUGUCAGCUGGUAGGGUUUGGUAAAGAUGGCGGCGGAGGCUGAGUACGAGUCUGUGCUAUGUGUGAAGCCCGAGAUAAGCGUGUACCGGAUCCCGCCGAGGGCAUCCAACCGGGGCUACAGGGCCUCGGACUGGAAGCUGGAUCAGCCGGACUGGACGGGGAGGAUGCGGCUGACCUCCAAGGGGGCAGUGGCCUUCAUCAAACUGGAGGACAAGGUGUCAGGAGAACUCUUCGCUCAGGCUCCAGUCGACCAGUUUCCCGGGCUUGCAGUGGAAACAGUGACCGAUUCCAGCCGUUACUUUGUGAUCAGGAUUCAGGACGGAAACGGAAGAAGCGCUUUCAUCGGCAUCGGGUUUGCAGAUCGGGGGGAUGCCUUUGAUUUCAACGUAUCUUUACAGGACCACUUCAAGUGGGUGAAGCAAGAAUCGGAUUUCUCCAAAGAACCCCAAGGACAGGACAAUCUACCCAAGCUGGAUUUAGGAUUCAAAGAAGGGCAGACAAUCAAGCUGAACAUUGGGAACAUAAAAAAGAAAGAUGGCGCCUGUAAGCCUCGAGGGAACGCCGGCGCUGGUGGUAUUGCUCUGCUUCCUCCUCCUCCUGGGGGGAGAAUCCCAACACCAACCACCCCUGUGGCUACCGCAGCACCUAAUCUAUCUCCCCCCAACAACACACCCUCCAGCCCAGACAUCUUGCUAGACUUGGGGUCCCCAGUGCCACCUCCUAAAGCUGCUCCUGCCUCCGCAGACAUGUGGGGGGAUUUUAAUACUGCCAGCAGUCUGUCCUCUCAGGCUCCGCAGUCUUCUAGCUGGGUUCAGUUCUAAUGGCCGCACCCGGAUCCUCUUCUUUUCUCUUCCCUUGGAGAACAGACAGUCCCCCGUCCACCGCCGGGAAGCACAGCCGCCCUGUACCGCCUAUCAUUGUGACGUCUCCUCAUUAUUUGGGCUGUGUGGGUCUCCCAGGGGGCAUCGUGUUGGGCAUCUCAUUCUUUCUCCUCUUUGCGCUGCCCUGUCCCCCGUCCCUGCCUGCUCCCCGUGUCGCCAUGUCAUUGUUUUGCUGUCUUUCAACCUCCCCCGCCCCCAAAGUACCAGUUACACACACUGUAAUCAUUCCACGCGUACGUGCAGGGUAUUGCGGACUGGCGCCAAAACGUAAUAAGCCCGUGCCCAAUCUGUGCCAGAGCUGCUGUGUUUACAGACAAUUGUCAUUUAGAUACAUUUUUUUUUAUUAUUAUUGUUUUAAAAUCAGUGUUAGUUUGUGCCAUCCAGGCCACC